AGACCCGCGUUGAGUUGAGGAUCGUAAUUCGUACGCGCCACAAGAAGGAAUCAAAACCAAGGCCGUAGAAAAGAAAAGGCAGGCAAUAAUGCAGCUUCUCUCUACGCAGCUGCUGCUGCCCCUCCCCGACGCCAGCCACCGCGCUUUUCUCCCGCCGGCCGUCUACGCAGGCGCCGCAGCGUCCGUGACAUCAUCGUCUUCUUGCAUGCCGUCGUCUCCGCUUCGGUCACGGCGGUUCACCAAGUCCUCGGCGAGAUCGGGACUGCGAGUCGUCUCUCCCGAGACCUCCACCACCGCUGCCACGGACGCUGCGACCGCCGGCGCGCAGUCAGAUAGCACGAAGUGGGCAGAGUUCGCUGCGCGGGUGUCCGGCGAGUGGGACGGCUUCGAAGCGGACUUCACGGACACCGGCGACCCCGUGGAGCUCCCGGAGAACGUGGUCCCGGAGGCCUACCGCGAGUGGGGCGUGCAGGUGUUCGACUGGCAGACUCAGUGCCCGACGCUCGGCGACCCUGCCGCGCGAUGCGCGCUCCACUACCGGCUGGUUCGCCUGCUCCCCACCGUGGGGUGCGAGGCCGACGCCGCCACCGUGCACACCUCCCACCAGCGCCACGCCUCCUCCGCCUCCGCGUUCGGGUACGCCGGCACGGGUUCCUACAUCGCAGCGUGGCCCAAGGGCCCGGCGCCGGUCCUCGAGGUGGAGCACUGCAUCGUGCGCCCGGACAGCAGGGAGGUCAGGGUCAGGGUGGUGCAGACGGUGGCGCUGGGCAAAGAGGCGCGGCUGCGUGGGGUCAAGGUGUUCUCCGAGCAGUGGUACGGCCCGUUCCGCAACGGCGAGCAGCUCGGCGGUUGCGCCAUCCGGGAGACCGCCUUCGCGGCUGGCGAGAAGCUCGACGUGUCCGAGGUGCUGGGGCAGUGGGAGAGCACAGACGCCGCGGCCGCGAGGUUCUCCGACGAGCUGGACGCCGAGACGGGCAAGUUCGCCGAGCUGUCUCCGGACGAACCAAGCAAGCUGUUGAGAGACACGGACGGCGUCGUGACGCUGCCGAAGCAGCUGUGGAGCGUGUUCAAGGAGCACGGCGACGGCGAGUUCCUGUGCGAGGUCGGGUGGGUUCUGGGUGGCGGCAGCGCGGUGACGUCGCGGUGCGUGCUGUCCAAGGACGGGGACGUCAAGGAGAUCGCUGCUGCCUACGAGUCUCGGGUGACAGAGGGUACCUGACUGGAGCUGUCAGCUUCAUCCAGGUUUGAUUAGAAUUUAUGCUGAAUAGAUCAAUAGAAUGGCUCUACCAAUCAAAUCAAAUUGGUAUUGGCACGCGUUGACGAUGCUUAUCCGUCCCUAGCACUGCACUGCCUGACUGCCUAUUCUGAAUUUCUGGGACCGCAUCACUUUUCAGGCCUCAGGCCAAAACGUUAAAACGAGUAUUGGAGCAGCGCCUGUUUACCACUUCA